CUAUUCUUUUUUCUUAUAGAAAAUGCCAGAAGCCUCACAAGAUCAUAAUCAUUGGAAGGUCUGUUGACUUCCAUUUUUUGAUAAUCUGGAACAUCAUCCGUCUGGCAUGGCUCAGGGCAGUCAACAACUCGAUGUGCAGGUACUCCAUGAUCUCCGACAACGUUUCCCUGAGAUCCCUGAAGGGGUGGUAUCUCAGUGCAUGCUACAGAACAACAACAACCUGGAUGCCUGUUGUCGAGCCCUCGCGCAGGAGAGCAACAAAUACUUAUACAUGGAGUACCAUAGCCCUGAUGACACCAGAAUGAAUAGAAAUAGCCUUUUGCACAUUAAUCUGGGUAUUCAUCCUCAUACCAGCUAUCAUGCAGGGGAUGGAGCUCAACUUAAUGGUGGUCGUACACUGGUACAUAGUUCAAGUGAUGGACAUAUUGAUCCACAACGCACAGCAGGUAAACAGCUGAUUUGCUUAGUUCAAGAACCACAUUCUGCUCCCGCUGUUGUGGCAGCUUCUCCUAAUUACAAUCCAUUUUUCAUGAAUGACCAGAAUAGAAAUGCAGCUACUCCUCCUCCACAGCCACCUCCACAGCCAUCUUCCAUACAACCAGGAAUGAACACGUCUGCUAUGCAAGGCCCUCCUCCCACGUAUAUGCACAUACCUCGGUACAGUACAAAUCCCAUUACUGUUACAGUAUCACAAAACCUCCCCUCUGGACAGAGUGUACCCAGAGCUCUACAAAUUCUUCCACAGAUUCCAAGCAAUCUUUAUGGGACUCCUGGCUCUAUUUAUAUUAGACAAACAUCUCAAAGUUCUUCAGGACGACAGACUCCUCAGAAUACACCGUGGCAUUCAUCGCCACAGGGCCCAGUUCCACAUUAUACUCCCCGUCCUCUACCUGUGUAUCCACAUCAACAGAACUACCAACCUUCUCAGUAUUCUCCUAAACAACCCCAGAUCCCUCAAUCAGCCUUUAGAUCACCACCGGCAUCCCAGUGCCCCUCUCCCUUUGGCUCUCCUCAACACCAGGUUCAGCCUCAGCUGAGUCAUCAGAGUUCACAUGUUUUUAUGCCUCCUAGUCCUUCAAAUGUCCCUCCUCAUCCAUAUCAGCAAGCAUCGCAGACUUUUCAAAAACAAGGCAGUCACUCUGUAUCGUAUCUUCCUCCUUUUGCUGGACCUAGUUUAUCCAAAGGUUCCAUGAAUAAAAUAGAAAUUACAGUUGAACCACCGCAAAGACCUGGGACUGCAAUGAACAGAAGUCCUUCACCAAUAAGUAAUCAACCAUCUCAACGAAACCAGCACCCACUGUAUGCAGCCACUACUCCUCCUUCAAGCUCUCCAUCAAGAGGUAUGUCGGGUCAACCCAAACCUCCAUUUAGUGUUAAUCCAGUAUAUAUUACCUACACUCAACCAACUGGACCUACAGGUGCACCAACACAGUCUCCUCGGGUAAUGGUAUCUCAGCCAAACCCAACUAUUUUUAAAAUCACAGUAGGUCGAGCACCGACUGAGAAUCUUUUAAAUUUAGUGGACCAAGAAGAGCGUACUGCAGCACCAGAACCUAUUCAGCCUAUUUCUGUAAUCCCAGGAUCUGGAGGAGAAAAAGGAAGCCAUAAGUAUCAGAGAAGUUCUAGUUCUGGAUCGGAUGACUAUGCUUACACUCAAGCCUUGCUAUUACAUCAGCGAGCAAGGAUGGAGAGAUUAGCAAAGGAACUGAAGCUUGAGAAAGAAGAGCUUGAACGCCUGAAAGCUGAAGUCAAUGGUAUGGAGCAUGAUCUAAUGCAGAGGCGACUUCGAAGAGUUAGCUGUACAACUGCAAUUCCAACACCUGAGGAAAUGACCAAAUUGAGAAGCCUCAACAGACAGCUCCAGAUAAAUGUUGACUGUACACUGAAAGAAGUUGACCUCCUUCAGUCCAGAGGCAACUUUGAUCCGAAAGCCACAUGUAACUUCUAUGAUAACAUAGAGCCUGGUCCUGUUGUGCCACCAAAGCCAUAUAAAAAGGAACAUCCAAACAAUUCCAAACAGACUGCACGGACUCAGCCAAGAGAUGAAGACUUUGAAGGAGCUCCAUGGAACUGUGAUAGCUGCACCUUUCUAAAUCACCCAGCACUAAAUCGCUGUGAGCAGUGUGAAAUGCCACGAUACACUUGAAAAUCAAGAAGGGGCUUCAUUGGGUUGAAAACAGGCUCUCAAGCCAACAGCUGUAGGAGAAGGAAACAUGGGGAACCUUUCAGUCCAUUUGCCCGGCCUUUGCUUGUCUCCAAUCUUCAUAGUGCAAAGGGGUGGGGGAAAUGUGUUAAGAUGUUUCUGCUUUGUGACACACUAAGAAAGAAAUAAAGGUGAAAUUCUUUCUUAUCCUAUUACAGUGAGCAAAGCAGAAAACAAAACCUGAAAAUGUAAAAGGAUUAAUUUCAGGAGGAAUGUAUGCAGGAAAGCAAAUAACUACUGGUGUUUAGUCCUGUGGUUGCAGUUACUGCUUAGUAGCUCUUAAAAAAUAAAUAAAUAAAUAAAAUUUAAAAAAAAAAAUAUCAAGUUAUAGGACUCUUAGUAAUGGUAUGAAAUGUUACACUGAUCACAAAAAACUGAAGAGCCAGAGUUGAUUUAACCUGGCUUACAGCUAGCUGGAAAACAAAGGCUCCCUGUGCUUCUAGAUUGUAAGCUAAUGAAUAAGAAGACAGGUAAAUGCAAACAUAAAUUUUUCAAUGUAUAGAAAGAGAAGGGUAAAAAAAGACACAAAAAUACCCUUCUCCUUGUUGUUUUUUUUUUUUUUUGUAAUUGCUGCUUUUUUCAGGGUAAUUUAUGCCUACAAAAAAUUACUGUUUGAAAUAGUGACCUAAGGUGACUAGACGAGAUACUGUGUGAGUGUUACAGAGAGUUCAAAUCAGAGGUAAUUUUUUACAAUCCCUUUUGCUUGUACAGUGCUCACCUGGCUGUGUCAAUAUUGGUAAUAAACAAAGAAUGAAUUCUACCAUAUUAUGAAUGAAGAUACUACUGCAUGCUUUCAUUAGACCAUUGUGUUUAAAAGCGAAAAGUAUGCUUUUAUAUACAAUUUUCUAAGACUGUGCUGUAGCAGCACAGUGACAUGCCAAACACAGACUACUCCAGAUUCUGUUUGAAUGACUUGAGCUCAGCCAUGAUUAUGUAUGAGAAGUGUUUGUACCCAGUUUCUUAGGCUUUUUCAGCUUCCAAUUUAUGAAGAAUUCAUGAUGUUUACAGCACAGAAGCUACCUUCUGUCCCAGUUCAAAGUUAGCUGAAAAAUAAUUAAUCAAUUAGCUCUUCAGUUCAGGUUUGUUUGCACAUUGUUAAUAAACCAGCCUGUAUAAAGUAGCAGAUGGCAGAUCUUGAGAAAAAUUACACACUGCAUUCUUCUUAUUUUGAUCAGGAAAUAUUUGCCGUAGGUUGAAGUACGCAAGACUUGCAGCUGAAAAUCAUACUGGUACUUUCAUGCAUACAAUCUACUGUAUUAUAAAGAUGAUCUUCAAUUUGUCAGAAUGCUUCAGAAUGCUGUAAUAAAGCACUCAUUAUUUUUGGAAUUGAACUUGGUUUUGGGCAGCUGAAUGAUUGUGUUUCAAAACUGUGACUGAGUAGGAUGUUUUGUGUACCAUUCAGAAGCCAGAACAGUGCAUUGGAGUUUUUAUGGUGUAACUUCCUCAAGAAUCAGAGAUGAAACCAAGCAUGUCAGCUGAAUUCUGGUAAUUGACUUCAUAACUGUGAGGCAAAACAUGCUAGCUAAACCUCACCAGGAGAGAUUCAAACUAUUUCAUUUUAAAUUCUUCUUAAUUCAUGGCAAUCCUAUCCAUAUGAUCAAUUACCACAAUUAAUUUGUUGCGUGAUAACAUUUUAAACUGUGGUAGAACAAUCAUGUCUGAAUUCUUAUUUAAAAGCAGGCAGCACUUGUUAGAGGUGGGUGGAGGAAAAUUUAUCUUGACUUCAUUGCUCAAUCUGGUGUCUUCUCUCCGCGCAGUUUAUAAAGAUGAUGGUAGAAAAAAUAAACUGUGACCUUAGAUGAGGAACCAGUAUUUGGCAUUUUUCAAUAUGUUCUUGCACUAAUUAAAUCUUCAGCAUAAUUUUAAAUAAGCUAAAAGAACUCCAGCCAUCGGUGUGCACCACAGAUGAGCAAAACAAAGUCAAAGGCAUCAGAGAUAGUUUCUCUCUGUUCCCUUCUUCUCUUUUAUGCUAUGUGAGGAGCUCAUCAUGUGAGGAAUCAAUGUCCACAUAAAGUUAGAAAACAACUAUUAAUUGUGUUCGUGUAAGUGGACAUGUUGACAGUACUGAUAAUGAGAAAACAGAUGAGCAGAAGCAUUAUACCUAGGAUAAGCAAUACCACUGCUGUUACUGGCUGUAUAAUGAAUUACUCAGAACAAUACCAGUAACUUCAUGACUUUUCUAUCAUGAUGCCUUUGCCUUUGUAUUAUUUCAGUUUUCUAUUCAUUUGUACUUCUGUUGAAAUUCCAGAAGCAUUUGUUUGCUGGAAUACAAAAUGACAGCAAUUAAAAUGGCAGUCAGCAAAUGAGAGUAGGUGUUGUGCAUCAUUAUGGUUGUCAUUUUCUGACAGAAUAGAUGCUAUUUUUGAUUAAAAAUAAAAACUCGUGCAGUCCAGUAAUUCUCUGAAAUAACUAAGUGCGUAGUGUCUGGUGUUAACAGAGACAUCUUAAGUCUUAGCCAUAGCUGCACCAGAAGAAAAAGAAGGCUGCCUUGACACCAAGAUACUUUCUGGAAGACUGAGUGAGUGCCAUUAAAAUGUAAGUGAAUUCCAUUGUACCAACAGUUUUACUCCAGUCAUUCACUACUCUCAUUUGUUGUUUGUACAAAAAAAAAAAAAGAAACCCUCCAUUGUUUUCCUUUACUUGUAAAUGCCCUUGCAGAGACAUUAAUAGUGAAAACUUUACAUGGUGCUUAAAUAUUUUUGAUUUCUUAGAAUGUAAAUUGUAUUUUGAAUGAUAAUUCAUUUUCCUUCUGAAAGCAGGUGAUUUCAUACCCGAAAUGAAUUGUAGAUUAUGACCAAAAAAAAAAGGUUGGUUUGUGUAAUAUUUAUUGAAUGCACAUAAAACCCUGAUGUCGGCUGGCAUAUAAAAAUGCACUGUAUUGUAUAAAACUUUUGUGUGUAUGUGUGAAUGGUGGGAUGCUGAUGCCAUUGUGUUGAGUAAAUGCACUACUUGUUUUUUCUUUGUUUUCCUUAAUGAUGGAGUUCUCCCUCAAACAUGUUACUAGAUUGAUAGAGUUUGUAACUGACUGGGACAUUUGAAUAUUCAAAGUGAUUUCAUUGUUCACUGAAAUUUUAUAAAGCUAAUUUUAUAUUUACUGUGCUAUUAAGAUGAAAUCCCUAUAAGUAUAGAAUACUACUGUAGUUCUUUAAAAGUUUAUUUAGAGUGGGGCUUGUGGAAAAUGAUUCAGAGUAUAGUAAACCAAAAAAAAGAAUUCUGAACUUUCAAUCUACUUUUAAUUUGAUGUAAUUAUUAGUCUUGUUUGGUUGAAGAGGAAAGGGGUGGGAAGUCAAGCAAAAGGAAGUACUUUGUAAAAUGUAGUCUUAGAUCAGAUUGAACUGUGUAUCUGUGUGUCUGUGGUAUGUGUGUGUUCCUCUUGAAAUCUGGGAGGUGUGGUGAAAAGGUGUAAUAAUUCUUAAAAGAGCUGGUCUCAGUACUAUGUUAUGCUACUAAGUCACAUUUUUAAAAAUACCCCUUCAGUUACUUUAUCUCUCCCAGUUAUACAUCUCUCUCAGUUCAGUUUCCAAAUAUUUUUGCAUUUUAAAUCGAUUGUAAAAACCCUUUGAAACUGAAAUAAAAAUACUUGAGUUGAAAUGGAGACAAGAAAAAAUGAAAACAAAAACGAAUGUUUAAAAAAAAAAAAGAAUGUGAGAAUAUUGUCAUCGGGAUGAUAGUUACUGUUUAAAAUUCAGUGAUACACCCUAGAAUGUGAAAAUGACUAUCCUUACAAGAAGUGGACCGUUGGACAUAAACAAUUCAUCAGCUUCUUUGGCACAAUAGAACUUACGUGCUCUGUACUACAACGACUCUCCAUCCCGUGAAGAAAGAAGACGUGCGCAACUACACAUCUCAUAGUCAGUACUAUGUCAGUUUCUAUGUGCUGCUGCGUUUGUUUUGUUUCCAAAUGUCAGCGUUAUUUGAAGCUGGCCAUGACUGAAUUUUGCUAGAUUCUUCAGUUUCGGGCUUUCAUUGCUGUUUAUGUCCAUCAAUAUUAAUGCGACUAUUUUCUUGGUUUUGAAUAAUCGUAAGUCGGUGGAGUUAAUGCAAUAUUAUAAUCCUGGACUUUCAGUACAUUUGAAAUGAUUUUAAAAAAUUGUGUUCUUGGAAUUUAUUUAUUUAUGGUGGCACCAGUGUAUCUAAUCCAUAUUUCCUGCUGUGUGAAACCCUGUUAAAUUUUUUUCAUUAAAACAAGAAGACACGAUCUUGUUUAA